CAAGGCAGAUCCUUGCAUUGAAGAUUCACCACUAACUGAAUGAAUAUUCCCGUAGUAUAUUCAUAUGGAAUCCACUCCGUCCGUUGAACAUAUGAAGAUCUUUACUUGCAACUGGACAAAAUACUAUUAAUGUGUGACCAAAGUGUGGUGAUGCCAGGAGGCAACGGUGGUCUAGAUGGGGAGGAGCCUGCAUUUCUGUCAGCCACAGCCGAGGGUGAAGAGGAGGAGGGAGCGUCGUCGAGGCACAGGAAUGGACGAGCACAGUCCAAUCACCUCAGGGGAGAAAAAAACAGAGGUUCAGGAGGAGAAGUGGGGCAGGAAGAUGAGGAGAUGACGAGUGCCUCACAUGAUCUUUCUUCCUCAGCCAAUCAUAGCCCUGGAAGUGCCACAGGAUCCACCUUAGCUUCUACCAAGAGCAGUGAGAAUGCAGACGGUGGGCGAGGGCAGGCCCAUCGAGAAGUGAUGAACACGGUGGCUGAGAUGAAAAAGAGGCUUCCGUCAGAAAAACGUAGCCGCAGCAAAGCCAGCACUGUAGAGACCUUACAUUAUGCACUUAACUGUGUCAAGCAAGUGCAAGCCAACAGUGAAUACUACAAACUGCUAAUGCGAAAUGGACAAGAUGAGAGGAAAGAUGCCACAGUUUGUGCACUUGAAGAGCUGGAGAGAGUCAUUUCAGAGCACACCCUUAAAAAUACGGACUCCUUCGUGGUGGUGUUCUCCCUGUCGAGCGGUCGAGUGCUGUACGCAUCGGAGCAGGCUCCCAGCAUCCUGUGCUGCAAGAGGAAGUUUCUAGAGUCUGCAAAGUUUGUUGAGCUGCUCUUCCAUCAAGAUGUUAAUGUCUUCUACUCGCACACGGCCCAGCCACAUUUGCCUCCAUGGAGCAACUCGCACUCGGCUGGAGUUCUGUUUGACUGUGCCCAGGUCAAGUCCUUCUUCUGCAGAAUAAGGGGUGGGAAAGAUCGGGAGGGCGAGAUGCGUUACAAUCCAUUCCGGAUCACACCAUACCUGCUAAAGGUUCAGGGAUCAGGGAGCAGUGGGGAUGAGGAAGAGGAGGAGGAGGGGGAGGAGGAGGAAGAACCAUGCUGCCUGACGCUGGCUGAACGCAUCAUCUCUGGUUAUGAGGCACCUCGGAUCCCCACAGACAAGCGGAUCUUCACCACAACUCACUCCCCUGGCUGUGUAUUCUUGGAAGUAGAUGAGAGGGCUGUGCCUUUGCUGGGAUACCUUCCUCAGGAUCUGAUCGGCACAUCACUGCUGACUUGCAUUCACCCCGAGGACCGUCCCCUCAUGCUAUCUAUGCACAGGAAAGUGCUAAAGUAUGCAGGCCAGCCUCCGUUUGAGCACUCUCCCGUGCGUCUGCGUUGUCAGAAUGGAGACUACAUCACGCUGGACACAAGCUGGUCCAGUUUUGUCAACCCUUGGAGCCGCAAGGUGGCCUUCAUCAUUGGACGACACAAAGUCAGGACGAGUCCUCUGAAUGAGGAUGUGUUUGCUGUUCAGACAAGUGAGGAUGUUUCAGUCACCUAUGAAGAAAUAAAAGAUCUUCAAGCGAAGAUCUAUAAGCUUUUCUUGCAGCCAGUCCACAACAAUGGUUCCAGUGGUUACGGUAGUUUGGGAAGUAACGGCUCUCAUGAACAAUACAUCAGCCAUGCUUCUUCAAGUGACAGCAACGGUAACCUGUGGGAGGACUCGCACCGGGAGCCGAUGACCUUGAAGCAGAUCUGUGCAGAUGUAAACAGAGUGAAGACUUGGGGCCAUCAGGCGCAUCUAGAUUCCCACCAGAAAAAUUCUUCUCUUGGUAAACAUAAUACAGCAUGUCUACCUCCCUCAGCUUCCAACCCUGAGGCCCGAGAAAAUGAAAAAAGCAGGAAGCAAACACACAUUCCCUCCUAUCAGCAAAUCAACUGUGUGGACAAUAUCAUUAGGUUCUUGGAGGGCUGCACAGGUCCUGUACUGAAGCGGAAGAGCGAAUCUCGUUCCUUGGCCUCUUCCUCAUCCUCUACCUCAGAAGAUGACAAACCCCCUGGUGACACUCACAAAGCUCAGUCCAGUUCAGAUGUGGUUUUGUUGGACAGUGAGGUGUCAGUGGGCCCUACAGCUGCAGCAGUUGUCGGGGCUCCUCUGACUGACAUCACCAUGUCCAGUAAGGCUAUGAGUGUUGUCUCGGUCACUAGCCAGUGUUCGUACAGCAGCACCAUCGUCCAUGUGCCACAGCCUGAGUCAGAGGCCACAGCCCUGGAGGAUGCACCGACGGGCAGUGAGCCUGCUGAUUCUGCUAUGACCCCAGUCCGCCCAGCGCUGAGCCUUGCCGCAGAGGAGAAAAGGUUUCGAGGUCUAACCAAGGAGGUGUUGUCGGCUCAUACCCAGAAGGAAGAACAAGAGUAUGUAGAUCGAUUCCGCCAUCGCAUCCUUCAAAGCCCGUACCGGUCACAUCUGCAGCAGGACAACAGCUCAGUGGCACACUCACACCACCCAGGAGACCACUUGCGUCCGAUGAGUGGUUGGAAUCGAUCUCAAAGAGGAAAAUGCAAGCACAAGCGACCCAAACCCCAGGCUUCUUCAGACACCUAUGCCUCCCCUGGUGGUCCUCCAUGCCGCGCUCCUGACUCCUCUUGGCCUUCUUCAGAGUCCUCACAGCCCCAGAUGGGGACACCUUACAGCCAAACGUCGCUACUCCAGGUGCCCUUCUUCCCCGUCACAGGAAAGACUGGCCCAGAGCAACCGCCCAGACUACAACAGCUGCCGGGAGCAGCUCCUGUGAUGGUGCCACCCGACCAACUCGGUUACAACUUUAACAUCAUGCAAUCUGCUCAGAGCCAACCAGGCAUGCAACCAAUCCAGAUGGAGUCCAUUCAGAAUAUGGAGAGUAUCCAGAACUUUAACAACAUGCAGCCAACCCAGAGUUUUAACCCUUACAUGCCUCCCGUCAUGGCAGUCAUCAUACCCAAUUAUCCAACAUUCACUCCAGGUUUCCCUUCUAUUUACCCACCUACCAUUCCCUCGCUAAUACCCCAAACACCUGUCCCUGUAACGGGCUAUGCACCUGGGAGCACAGCCUUCCCACAGCCUCAGUUUCACAGCCAGCCUGGCCUCCAAACAUCCCCCGGCCUUCUUCACUGCUCACCGAGAGCUACCUCUUCUGUUGGGGAAGAGGAAGAAGCGGCUGGGCCUCAGGCUUUGUUCUCCAGCUCCCGUUCAAGUUCUCCUCUGCAGCUCAACCUGCUGCAGGAGGAGCUUCCCAAGCCAAGUCAGGGGCAGAGCAGCACUGGACACAACCAGUCUGAAAGUCUUCAUGAAAAACAUCUCAAUGAGGGCGAUGCCCCUUCUGAGUCCGGCAACCACGAUUCCCAGUCGACCUCCAGUGAGCUUCUCGAUCUGCUGCUGCAGGAGGAUGCCAGGUCAGGGACGGGCUCCAAUGCCUCGGGUUCUGGAUCAGGAGAGUCUGGAGGUUCACUGGGAUCUGGAUCUGGAUCUGGCUCCAAUGGAACCUCAACCUCACACACUGGCAGCAGCAACAGCAGCAAGUACUUCGCCAGCAAUGAUUCGUCGGACACGUCACACAAAGCUCGUAAGAGCCAGGAUUCGCCACCAGAACACCAAGACAACUUCGACACUCAGGUGGAGAACUCGCUCUGGAGCAUGAUUCAACACACACCUGAACGUGUCAUGAUGACGUACCAGAUGCACAGCAGGGACACCAAUGAGGUGCUGGCAGAAGACAGAGAGAAGCUCAGAGUGCUUCAGCCCCAUCAACCCUGGUUCAACCAGGAGCAGAGGAAGGAGCUGGCUGAGGUCCAUCCUUGGAUCCAGCAGCACACCAUCCCACAAGAAAUAGACACACAGGGUUGUGUGGGCUGCAGCUCAGGUGCAGGCAUGGCCCCAUCCCCUCACCCCCCUGCUCCUGAUAGCUCAUUGCCUGUGGAGAGCCCUCAGCAGGACUCCUCCAGACCUGUGGUUGGCACCUAAGAGACCAAGAACCUACAACAGCCAAUACAAACCUCCCAGUAUACCAGCCUUGUCAGAAACCUCAGCAACAUCCACCACGCGUCUCUUCUGGCCGAUGAGGAGCUUUGAUUCCUGUGGUCCACACUAAGGUUUAACAUGUUUUGUAAAGGCUACAAAGGCUGGACCAGGCCUUGAGGACCAGCGGCGCGGAGACACAGACAUGUUACUUGCAUAUUCUCUUCGUCUGCCUCGUGUGUCGUCCUGCGACUGAUAAUUGUACCACUCUUCUUUUUAUCUCAACAAAUCCCCUUGAGAGGCUAUUUAAGACUCUCCAGAUCAUUUUGCACAAUGAGCCACCAGGAGCUCAGUACAUGAAAAUGGUUCCCGAGUGGCUGGCCCCAAACAUGAGUACUGUGCUAACAACACGUGUACUACUUUUGUAGUACAAAUGUGACUGAGUGAGAAGAUGAAAACAGUACUGGAGUGCCAGAACACACAUCGAACUGUUCUCCAGGGACGUGGUGUACAGGUUGUACAGUAUGUCCACCACAUCAUCUCUUUCGACGUCAUACAGUGGCAAUGUACCAAUGGCAAUGGACUGACACAAGGUAGACUUAAUUCUCUUUCUGAUGGACACUUUGACAAAGAAACGGUUGCUGCUCUAUUGUUUAUAAUGUUCAGAUUUAAAACUUGCUACUGGAGUGCAACAUGCUACAUUGAUCUGUAGCUAGUUUCAUCUUCUCCAUAGCAUCUUUUUAGUUAUUUAUAUCUCAAACAACCACAAACAGGUGCAUUAUCUGAAAUACAAUCACAAGUUCAACCCAUUGUGCAUAACCCCUCAGUAAAUCCUUUCAGCACCCAGUACCCUCGUUGGAUAUUGCCCUACAAUACCUGUUGCCGACCUGUAGUUUGAAAUUAACACAAAAACACGCACACACGCUGAUCAGUGGCCCCACUGAUCUUACAUUCACUUGGUGAAUGAAUGUCCUCUUAGACCCUGUAGCUGUCUGGCUGCCCGUGUGCUUGUAUGAGUAAGAGACAAGGGGAGGGAUAAACUGACGGAUCAGUUGUCGGUCUUUGGAAAUGGUUACUCUACUUCUUUGUGUUGGAGUCAGACUGCAUGUGAGCGUGAGUGUGUGAACGGCCAUGCAAGAUGCUUACCUCCACUUGUAUAAUACAGCUGACAGACCAGCUUUUCUACCAUUUUUAGAUCGUAUUGUGUAUUUUUUAGACAAACAAGACAAACUUCACAAAUUGUAUAAAAAGCCAUUUGUCUUGAAUUCAGGGACUGUUUGUUUGUGACACAAAGGAAUGAAUAAAUGAUCUAUUACCUAA